AUUCAAGUCUUGUGAAAUGAUAUGCUUAAAAUUAGCCUUAAUUUUUGCUCGUAUUUAAAAACCUGCCCAGUUUUAUUCAAUUGUGGCAGGACAUAACUGAAAGCGACGAAAGAGAAACGGAAAAACGGGGAAUUCCACAAAAGAAUAGAUAAUAAUUUUACGCAACGAGUAUUGCCGGUCGUAUUACGUGUCCGAAGUAACGUUUUAUUUUUGUAUCUGUCACUCGAAACUGAUAAUUUAAUCACGAUGGUAGAAGAAAUUCGUAUUAUGUGGUGUGAUGCUUUGGAGGAGUUGCUGCAAUGUCCUGUAUGCUUAGAUAUAUCACAGGGUAUACAAGUUCAGUGUACAAACGGACAUCACAUAUGUAAUCAGUGCAGGUUACAGCUGCAAGUAUGUCCUGUUUGUAAAUCUUCCUUUAUCGCUACAAGAAAUUUAGUAGUGGAACAACUGUCGGCUAAAUUGCAUGACAUUAAGCUGUCAUUAUUGCAUCCGUAUCAUGCACUGAAUAGAAGAAUCUUGCAUAAUAAAGUAUGUGUGGCUACUCAAACCGAGGUUUGCAUGCCUUCUACAUCCUCUGCUUGUCAAACUGAGCCUGUAAAUCAAGCUAGACACAUUAAUCCAAGAAAUGAACAAAAGCCAUUGAUAAAUUUAGCACCUAGAGUAGGAAAAGGAGUAUUUCCAUGUCGGAUCGGUUCCUGCACAGUUGAAUUACCACAUGGAAGAAUAAUUGGUCAUUUAAGAUAUCAUCAUAAAGAUGUGUUUUAUGAGUUUAUCACAAGGGAUACUGUAUUUAAGAAAAAAUGGAGCUUAGAAUAUAUUUUGAAUCGGGAUUAUGAUUUUGCUUUCCAUAUCAAAGAAAUGGGUCUCUUUUUUCUAAAUGUCACUAUAGAUCACAAGGGUGAUCUAAUAGCUUUUGUACAAAUUGUUAAUUGUAUGGCUGUGAGCAAACAGUUUGUUUAUACAUUUGAGGCAGUUGGGACAUAUAUUGCCUCUUACACUGGUCAGGUAAAGUCAUGUAGAACAAGGCCGGACUGUAUCUCCAACGAUUGUCUGCGUAUACGGGAGAAUAAUAUGCGCCAUAAUAUGAUAGAUGGUAAAAACUUUUUUCAUUGCAAUCUUACGAUAAAGCGUAGAGUCGAUUAUUCUCGCGAUAGACCAAUUGCCGUCCAAAAUAACGAAAUGCAAUUAUUUGAAGACAUUUAAUUAAAGAAACAAUGAUGAUAUAUUUUUUAAAAAAUGCCAAAUACUAUGAGUCUUCAUGAUAUAUAAAGAGGUAAAAACUAAAUGUAAUGUUCAUUUA